GGUUACAGUUAAAGAACUACUCCUCGCACACCUUUUUCUUUCUGUUUUGCGGUCGAGCUCCUAUGUUUUAACUUGACGUGUGACUUGAAUCAGUUUACUGGUCGCGAACCAAAUUCUCCAUACAGACAGAGGAAGAAAACAACUGCUCUGGUAGCGAACAACCGUCGGGUAAUACGUUACGGAGCGUUUUUGCGGACCUGACUUGAACGCAACACAACACAGCACACUAAGGCUUGGGCACGCUCCAAGCGGCAGAAGCAGUUUGAGCCCGUGAAGCACGCGGAGAGGGGCGGUGUGCGCGAGCAGAGGGUGCGAUGUGUGUGCGGGAAUGGAGACGGUAAAGUGCCGCUGCUGUGUUACGGAGUUUCGCCGAAAAAACAGCCGAGAGGACUGCGGGGUUCCCGCGGGGUGAAGCAGAUAUGAGUGGAACGGUGGUAAAGAGAAGGAAAGGGGCUGGACUGAACCUAAGGAGCAGAUGGAGUGAGCCGCCCAAAGAUAACCUCAUCUCUGAGGUGGCGGAGAAACACACAGCCGUCCCAUCAGGUGAAGACGAAGAUGGACCACAAGGGGCCCUCAAGAGGUUCAGCGCCAUGUGGUCCUCCUUCCGCAAGGGCAAAAAAGAUAAAGUCAAAGACCCUGAGCCGACGGAGCCACCGGGCCCCGCGGCGGCAGACAGCGCAUCCAGGCAGCACCGCUACGCCAGCGGCCAGUACUUCUUUGAGUACCUGGUGGUGGUCAGCCUCAAGAAGACCAAAGACGGCAGCAGCUACGAACCUCAGAUCACCUACCAGUUUCCCAAGAGAGAUGGGAUGGCGAGGUUUCAGAAGGAGGAGGAGGAGAAGACGCUGAAGGCGAUCACUCUCUUUUGUUUCCCGGAGGGCAUCAACUGGGCUCCUUUAACAGAAUACCACAGUGAGACGUUCUCCUUUGUUCUGACUGAGAUUGAUGGCAGCAGAAGAAACGGAUACUGCCGGAGGCUACUGCCUGGAGGGAAAGGAGCUCGACCACCGGAGGCUUACUGCAUCAUCAGCUCGGUGGCUUGUUUCGGCCUCUUCUCCAAGAUAUUUGACGAGGUGGAGAAGCGGCGGCAGAUCUCCAUGGCCAUGAUCUACCCAUUCAUGCAGAAGCUGAGGGAGGCUCCAUUCCCAGCUCCGGGAAACACUGUGGAGAUUAAGAGCUUCAUUCCUGAGUCGGGCACCGAGAUCAUCAGUCUGACCCGGCCGCUGGAUUCCUGGCUGGAGCACGUGAACUUCAACACGCUGUUCGGCUGCCUGACCGACAACGAGGUGUUACUGGUGUUUGCCGCCGCCGUCUUGGAGAGACGAAUCGUCUUCAUCGCUGAUGAACUGGGCACAUUAUCGCAGGUCAUCCAUGCCGUAGCAGCCCUCCUCUACCCCUUCCUCUGGCAGCACACCAUGAUCUCCAUUGUUCCGGAGAUCCUGAUCGACGUAGUGAUGGCGCCCACCCCCUACCUGCUGGGAGUCCAGAAACGCCUGCUGGACCUGGUCACCGACCAGAGUGACCUUCUGGUGGUCGACUUGUCGGAGGAUAAAAAGGACACCUUCAUUGCUUCAGUUGGUGAUGAGAGCUCAAUUCUGCCCCCGAAGCUCCAGGCGGAAAUACUCGAGGCACUAAGUAACAGACAAAAAACAUCAACGGUGGAGGAGAUGAAUCGGGUCGUGUCGGAAGCCUUCCUACAUUUCUUUGUGAAAACCGUCGGCCAUUACGGCUCCUACGUGAAAUACAGCCGCGGCGGAGGCCAGGGGGUGUUUGAAAAGAGGAGCUUCUACAAGGCGAUUGAUUCCAAGACCACUCGACACUUUGUCAAGAAGUUCAUCCAGACGCAGACGUUUGACCUGUUCAUCCAGGAGGUGGAGCAGCAGCAGCCUGGACCGCAGCAAGGAAUAUUUCACAACAAGAUCCUUGAAUACCAAGAGAAGAAGAAAAAGGAGAAGGCAAAGAAACACUAGCCCUGAGAGCGGGACCCUGGGUGUACAUAAAGGGAGUUCAUAGGAAACCAUGUGAAUGUUGCACUGUGUGUUUGUUGUGGUCUUUCAGUUUUGGAUUUAAGUAUCAAUGUACCAAUGUGUGAAUUACUGUAUGGCUAUGUCGCUGCUACUCUGUGAAACACUGGCAGAAAGAGAGACUUUAGUUUGAUGUGCUGGUUCUCAGCCUGUGGCCUGAUGAGCAGGAAAAUCAUUUCACAUAAAGAUUAGUUUUUUAAGCAUA